AUGACAACAAAUAAUAAUAAUAAUAAUCAAAAUAAUAGUACUAGUAACAGUACAGUAGUCAUAGACACUGGUGAUAAACAAUACACAAAGAAUGAUUUCAUCAAGUUGUUGUGUCUCGAUGAACAGACUAGUGCACCAACUAGAUACAGAUUCGACAGUGAUGCAUCGACUCUCUUCUUUCUAGCCAAUUCAAAGGUUCAACAAAAGAUGAAUCUUCACUAUGUCAACUUGAAUACAGUUGCCGAUAAACAAGUUGGUAUGUUUAACGAGGAAUUAUCAAAUAAUAUAAUAGUUUAUGAAUAUUAA